CCUGGGUGUCUGUGAUAGCGUGCCUGGGGAAUGUGUCUUGACGUUGGCGUUGGCGUGCACGUACCGUUCUGGACUGCUCCCAAAGCAGCAAGCACAAGCAAAGCUGUAACCGUAGUCCAGCCCCAUGCCUGGCUACUUGUGUGUUGCGGGCGGCGUUUGUUGAUCCACUCCUUCCUGCACAUGCAUCGGCUGGCCCCCCAAGCCACAUCACAAAGAAGUGACGUACAUGCGUUGCCAUCGCAUCAUCCACCUGCCUAACCCCCCCCCCAAAUUACCUACAUGUAGGUUACCAGCUUCUCUCUUCUGAGCCCUCUCACAUCUGCACCCACUUCCUUCUUGACGUGCCGCCUUGAUUUUCGAGUGCUGCUUACCAUCCACAAACAACACAAUCACCCAUCCAUACAUCCAUCCAUCACUCCAUCCAACUUCGAAGCGACUCACAGUUUAGCCACGCCAUGAGGCUCAUCAAAGCCCUCAUCUCCGUCGCCCUCGUGGCCGACGCUGCUGUUGCCAGCAGUAACAGCUGGUUCUCCAAGGCCGGUAAAUACACUUACAAUAAGUGGCAUGAGACCGAGCUCGAGCGCUGGCUCUCCGACCAUGACAUCCCCUAUCCCACCCCGGCUGACCGCAAGGACCUUGAGAAGCUCAUCCAGUCCAACUGGGAGAACUACGCCGUCAGCCCCUACAAGAACUGGGACAGCGACAAGUUGACAGGCUAUCUGCAGCAGAAAGGUGUCGAUGUCCAGGACUCCGCAAAGUCGAGCAAGGACACACUGGUCGCCCAGGUUGCGGCUUCUUGGUACGAGACCGAGGACAAGGCCCAGAACGCCUACUCCAACGUCAAGGAUUGGAUUCUGGACACCUGGACAGAGAGCCAGCUCAAGGCCUUUUGCGACCAUCACGCCAUUCCUGUACCCCAGCCUCGUCAGCGGGAUACCAUCCUGUCAAAGGCCCGCAGCAGCUAUGAGACCAUCGCGCAGAAGAUCGGCGAGGCUGCUUCGUAUCCUGGCGACUGGCUCUACGAGACGUGGACUGAAUCCGACCUGAAAGAGUGGCUUGACACCCACGGCUUCCCGGCUCCCCAGCCUAGCACUCGUGACAAACUCAUCGCCUCGGUCCGCCGCAAUUCUCGCCUGGCCUACCUCAAGUCGCAGGAGCAGCUUGCCAGCGCCACAGCUAGUGCCCAGGCUGCAUAUGCGACGCUCACCGACAAGCUCAUCGACUCAUGGAGCGAGUCUCAGCUGAAGGAGUUUGCGGACAAGAACGGAAUUCCUGUCCCUCAAGGAACCAAGUUGAACGAGCUUCGCGCCCUGGUCCGCAAGCACCGCGCUGAUAUCCUCGGCGACAACAUCUCUGGUACCGCUGCUUCAGCAUUCGGAGCUGCGACCUCGCAGGCGGGUAAUCAGUACGCUAAGGCUACCAACGACGCAUCACUAGCCGCCCAGGAAGCCUUUAACAGCGCAAUUGACAGCUGGUCGGACACUCGUCUCAAGGCCUACCUUGAUGCCCGUGGUGUCCCCGUUCCGCACGCCUCCAAGACCGACGAGCUGCGUGCCCUGGUCCGCAAGAACUACCACAAGGCAUCCACUGGCUGGAAUGCCUGGACUUUUGAUGACUUCUCGAUUGAGAAUUUGAGGGACUACCUAAAGGCCAAUGGAGACGCUGCUGCCAAGAAGACAGCCGACAAGUCCGGCGCUACUCGCGACGAGCUCGUAAGUGCUGUACAGUCUGCCUACGCCUCUGCCUCGUCUGCAGGCGGCUCAACGUAUGCAUCUGCCACGAGCUACCUCACCCAGGCCACGAAUUCGGUUAGGAAGAGUGCAUUCGAUACCUGGAGUGAGAGCGAUCUGAAAAACUAUCUCGACAGCUAUGGAAUUCCUGCUCCUCAGGGAUCGAAGAUCAACGAACUGCGAGCGCUUGCUCGCAAGCACUCGACUUACUUUCGCUACGGCACGAGCAGCCCAUCUGGAACGGCCCUCGCACAACUCAGUGAGACACUGCAGGCAGCGUGGCAGUGGGUCGCAGGUCAAUUCAGCGCUGGUGCCGACGUCGCAAAGCAAAACGCCGGCGCGGCCAAGGACAAGGUCAAGGAAGAGCUCUGAAGUACCACUACUGAUCGUGAACUGGCCUCUCAAGCGGUGACAGAAUCUCUGAUGGCGCCCUCAGAAGUCGCGCGUGAAGAACGCGGCUUGCCACCACGGGAGUGUGAUCCAGGCCUCGUUGUGAGGUUUUACAAGUGGGAGGCCGGAAGGGGAGGGGGGUUGGGGCAGACGAAAACGGCUUUGAUGACACAACAUCCUGACGACAUGUAAUUUAUGUUUUGGCAAGGGUCAUAGGGCGCGGGUUGAUGAGCGUUGAUGAUACCGUCGUGCAGGGUCUACGCGGGAGCCCCUCGUUGCUUUUUUUCAUCUCUUCCAGGCCGCAGUGCAUUGCAUUUCUUUUAUCCUUCUCUUUUUUUUUUUUUGGCCGUAGUUAGCAUGCCUUAUGGAGGUAAAGAAGCUAACGCUUACUGCUCUGCCCUUCUUG